AAAGUGCUUUUUGCACGUGGGCCUCUGUUAUGGAAACUUGCGUAUUGAUACCUAGAGAAUUCUCCUUGGUUCUUACCAAUGAUCAAUCGUCCUGCAAGAAUCUCUUCAAAAAUGAUUCAAAUACUUUAGAUGUAAGAAUUUCGGUAUGGUCAAAUGUAUUUAUCCCGUCGGGAACCUUGAUAUAUCCAUUUCAAGGAUCAAUCAGAUUUGACAAGAUCGAUCUUUAUUCCCUCCUCGAUGACAAUGAUAUCAGACGCGAAUACGGUUGUUACGAUGAAGUCUUCUUCUCCAAUUACAAUCUUAACAAACGUCAAUGCAAUUGGAUAAGAUUUCUCCGUAUCGUUCAGUCGUAUGAUGAACAAGUUAAUUUGAUUGGUACAAAGGUAAAGGGUGAACCUAUAUUUGAGGUGAUAAAGAACGUUCAACCAGACACGGAACUAGUAGCAUGGUUCCUACCAGUAACGCAACAGGAUUUUGUUAUCAUUUCGCAUGAUGUAUGCUCCAGAUCAGCAAUCUACAGGUGCACGAUUGAUUCUAUUUUAGAUGAAUCACCGCUGGACUUGUCAAUGACGUUACUGGCUCAUCAUUCUCUACCACCGAUGUCACACUCUUAUUACGAGCUAGAUGAAUACGAAUCGACGUCCGAGGAAUCCUCGUCAUCAACGCUGUCAUUGGCCGGUGAUCACCUCGAUUGCAGUAUCUUGACGACAAUUAAACGAGGAGAGAGGAUUUUAUUACCCUGCGAAGUCUGUGGCAAAUCCUUCGAUCGGCCGUCUCUCUUGAAACGACAUAUGAGAACGCAUACAGGGGAGAAACCACAUGUCUGCAUGGUGUGUAACAAGGGUUUCUCAACCUCGAGCUCGUUGAAUACACAUAAGCGUAUCCACAGCGGCGAAAAACCUCAUCAGUGCCUUGUUUGUGGGAAGAAAUUUACAGCCUCGUCAAAUCUUUACUAUCAUCGGAUGACUCAUAUUAAGGAGAAACCACACAAAUGUUCGCAAUGUUCAAAGUCGUUUCCGACACCGGGUGACCUGAAGAGUCAUAUGUAUGUACACAAUGGACUAUGGCCGUUUAGAUGCCAUAUUUGUAGUCGUGGUUUCAGCAAGCCGACCAACUUGAAGAACCAUAUGUUGCUGCAUUUGGGUAGAUGUUCCAAUAAGAAGUAUAUUAAGUCUAUUUCUGAUUUUUAACUGAUUGUGAGAUAUUAAUUUGUAAUAAUUUCAGAAAAAGAUUUGAGACUUAUUGGUGUAUGUAUACGUAUGAAUAAUGUGCCAUUGUUUUAUGAUUAAACAUAUAAUUUGACUAGGACAAUUAGGUGAUGCAAUUUUUUCUACGAUUGAUUUAAAUCGUACUCAAAUCUAAAAACAUAUUCAUUCAUGAUGUAAAUUUUUUAAUUUUUUAAUUCAUUACAUUGUAUUAUUACAGUUAUGCCACUUUUAUAUGUAAUCUUCUAAAUGAACAUUAACAUAUCCAU